GUAGUAAUAGUACAACGGCUCGUGGUUUAGUAACGAUCCGUUAGACGCGGACGUUCGUAUCAAUUCAACACAGUGCGACAAAACAUGUUGUGUCGGCAGGUUAAAAAUGUUUUUUUCUUCAAGUUUCCCAACGCGCGGCUCGCCAGCUACUCGGCAGUUCUGGGUUUUCAAGAUAUUCCCUCGCCCAGGGGGUGGCCUAUUUUGGGCACAACUUUUUCUUUGUUAGCCGCCGGCGGACCACCUAAAUUGCACGAGUACAUGGACAAGCGCCACAAACAAUUGGGGCCUAUUUUUAAAGACAACGUUGGCCCUGUAACCGCCGUGUUUUUGUCCGAUGCCGAAGAAAUGAGAAACGUUUUUGCCCAGGAAGGGAAAUAUCCACUGCAUAUAAAACCAGAGCCUUGGCUUGUUUACAAUGAUAAACAUAACUAUACCAGAGGCUUAUUUUUUAUGGACGGCGAGGAAUGGCUAAAAUUCAGAAGGGUAAUGAACAAAUUACUGCUAAGAGGUGAUUUAUCGUGGAUAGAAGAUUCUUGCGAAGCAGCUAGCGAUCUACUUUUAAAGCGUAUCAAAUGUUACAGCGAGAAAAACGCAGAAUUUCCGGACUUAGAAAAGCAGUUAUACAAAUGGUCAAUGGACGUAGUAAUAUCUGUUUUGUUGGGACCGAACACGUUUAAAAAAAAUUGUGAAAGUUUACAACCUUAUUUAGAAAAGUUAGCAGAAAAUGUUCAGUUAGUUUUUCAGACUACAUCGAAAUUGAUGUUGCUUCCUGCAAAGCUAGCUGAAAAGUAUAACAUACCGCCUUGGAAAAGAUUCGAAAGGUCAGUGAAAACAGCUUUAGAAUCUGCAAAUGAAAUUGUUGAGAUUUUAAGAAAUAAAUAUCACUGUGGAGAUGGUUUAAUUUCCAAAAUGGAACAAGAAGCAGUGGCCCGAGUUGAUAUUAACAGGAUAGUCGAAGAUCUAAUUUUAGGUGGAGGAGACACUACUACCUAUACCAUGGAAUGGAUGCUAUAUUUAAUAUCGAAGGACAAGGAAGUUCAAGAAAGACUAAGACACGAUGAUAAAACUUUAUCGAAAAAUGUACUCAGAGAAGCUUUAAGACUGUACCCAGUUGCUCCCUUUUUAACGAGGGUUUUGCCCCACACUGCCACUGUUGGAGGAUAUAAUAUCCCAGCUGGAACGUUGAUAGUUAUGUCCAUCUACACGAGCGGCCGUGAUGAGAGUUAUUACAAAAAUCCUGCUCUAUUUUUGCCUGACCGUUGGAUAAGAAACAGUACGCAUAGCACCGUUAAUCAGCAAGCGAGUUUACCGUUUGGUAUUGGAGCAAGAUCGUGCAUAGGCAAGAAAAUCGCAGAGGCACAGUUACAAGUGACACUUUCAAAAGUUGUGAGAAAUUUCGACGUGGAGCUGUGCAAUCAGGGAGACGUAGACAUUAUCCUGAAGAUGGUUGCUAAACCGUCCGUUCCUUUAAGACUGAAGUUUAAUAAAGUAUAAGACUUG